AUGCCCGCGAGUCGCACAUCCUAUCACACACGCCUCGGCCACUGCUCCCCGCACAUUGCCCCUCACAGGAUCGCACCCCCAUUACCGUCGCCCUCCCUUCCCGUCGCCCUCCCUUCCCGUCGCCCUCCCUUCCCGUCGCCCUCCCUUCCCGUCGCCCACCACUCCCGUCGCCCGCGCUUCUUCCCGUCGCCGUCCGUUCUGCUCGUCGCCCUCCCUUCGUCCCCCGUCAAUUCUCUCCCCGUCGCCCUCGCUUACCCCGUCGCCCUCGCUUUCCCCGUCGCCCUGCCAUCCACUGCUCGUCGCCUUCGCCUUCCCUCCCGCCUGCUGAGCCAUCUGCUUCCCCCCAUCCGGUUUUCUUCUUCCCCCCCUCCGGUUUUCUGCUUUCCCCCAUCCCCUUCCCUGCUUCCCCCCCUCCCCUUCCCUGCUUCCCCCCAUCCCCACCCCUGCUUCCCCCCAUCAGAUUCCCGCCUCGCCCCCAUCCCCCUCCCUGCGACCCCUCAUCCCCCUUCCCGCCUUCCCCCCAUCCCCCUCCCUGCGUCCCCCCAUCCUCUUCAUUCUUUCCCCUUCUCCCAAGCCCUCCUUCCCCCCAUCCGAUUUUCCCCUCCCCCCCCCUCCCCUUCCCUGCUUCCCUGUCUCCUCGACCGCCACUCCACUUUGCUCAUCCCCGACAUUUCACGGCCUUAUGUCCCCCUCCCGCCACAGCUACUACACCUCACAUCACCGUUGGCUACCCUUUCCUUCUCGCCCUUCUUCUUUCCCAUCUCCACUCCCUUCCCGUCCAUCACCCCUCCCCUUACGCCUCCCCAUCUCCUCAUCCCGCCUCUCCAUCUCCUCAUCCCGCCUCCCCAUCUCCUCAUCCCGCCUCCCCAUCUCCUCAUCCCCCCUUCCCUUCUCAUCAUCCCCCCUCCCCAUCUCAUCAUCCCCCCUUCCCUUCUCAUCAUCCCCCCUCCCCAUCUCAUCAUCCCCCCUUCCCCAUUCUCAUCAUCCCCCCUUCCCUUCUCAUCAUCCCCCCUUCCCUUCUCAUCAUCCCCCCUUCCCUUCUCAUCAUCCCCCCUUCCCUUCUCAUCAUCCCCCCUUCCCUUCUCAUCAUCCCCCCUUCCCUUCUCAUCAUCCCCCCUUCCCUUCUUAGGGUCCCGGGAACCUUCCCCCCCUUCCAUUUCUUCCCUCCCCAUCCUUCCCUCCCCUUACUCCCCUCCCCUUCCUCCCCAUCCCUGCCCUUCCCUCCAUGCCCUUCCCUUCAGCCCCGUUUUUCAUACAGGCAAGGCGGCAAACACGGUCUGGAGGUGGAAUGGAGAGUGGAAACAGUUGGUAGAGGUGGGGAGGGAGGGGAAGCAAGGGGAGGGGGGAGCAUAA